AUGGCUCACUCGGCACCACAUCCCUUGUCUCCUCUCACUGGAGAGGAGACAAACCGGGCAAGUGACCUUAUUCUGCAAUCAUCCCCAAAAGAGGUGAUUCAGUUCCGCAUGAUCUACCGCCAGGAGCCGAAAAAGGCCGACCUCACUGCGUUCCUGAGCCUCGAGCACUCGGGGUCAUUGCGGCCUGACUCUCCGCGGCCGCCGCGUCUCGCAGCAGUGCACUACGUCCGGGCUCACCAGGCGGCGGACCGAAAAGCGGACGAGAUCGAGGCAGUCGUCGAUCUGGAUCGCGGCCUCGUCGUCAAGAAAGACGUCGUGGGAACAGAGUAUCUGGCCGGACUCAGCACAUGGGAGUUUGACAUUCUCGUCGAAAAAUGCGAGGAGUCUAGCGUGCUCAGCGAAAGGGUGGCGCAGUUUGCGCUUCCAGAAGGCUUCGAAGUCGUCAUCGAGCCGUGGCCGUACGGAGGCAUGGACCAGCCGGGCGGCGUGCGCAGGUACUUCCAGGGUCUCGUGUACGCCGUCGACACGCGGUCCGGAAAUCCCGACUCCAACUUUUACGCAUUCCCUCUGCCCAUCAUCCCGGUCAUGGACUUUGAGAAGCGCGAGAUUGUCCGCAUUGACGAGCUCGCGACAGGCGGGGCCGGUGAUGAUCUCGUGCCCGCAGCUCCGCGAACGGGCGCCAUCCUCGACCACUGCGCUCCGGCUGAGUAUGUUCCCGAGUUGUUGCCCGGGGGGACUCGCAAGGACCUCAAACCGCUCAGCGUCGUUCAGCCCGAGGGCCCGAGUUUCUCGAUCAAGGAUGAGAGUCUUGUCGAGUGGCAGAAGUGGCGGUUCAGGGUCAGCUUUAACCCUCGUGAGGGUGCCGUCAUUCACGAUGUCUACUACGAUGACCGGAGCGUGUUGUAUCGCCUCUCGAUGAGUGAAAUGACCGUGCCAUAUGCCGAUCCUCGGCCGCCGUUUCACCGGAAGCAGGCUUUUGACUUUGGUGACGGCGGCAUCGGGCAUGCCGUCAACAAUCUGACUUUGGGCUGCGACUGCCUGGGAGUCAUCAAGUACUUUGACGGUGUGUUGUGUACCCCCGAGGGAAAAGCGGAAAAGACACCCCGUGUCAUCUGCCUGCACGAGCAAGACAACGGCAUCGGCUGGAAGCACACAAACUGGCGUACCGGCCGCGCCGUAUCAACUCGCCGCCGAGAGCUGGUAGUCCAGUUCAUCAUCACGCUGGCGAAUUAUGACUACAUCUUCAACUACAAAUUCGACCAAGCCGGCGCCAUCAACGUCGAGACGCGAGCGACGGGCAUCGUGUCGGUGGUCAACAUUGAUGCCGGGAAGACGGCGCCCUGGGGUACCGUAGUGAACCCGGGCGCUCUGGCCCAGAACCACCAGCACAUUUUCUGCGUUCGUAUAGAUCCCGCCAUCGACGGCCACGAGAACACCGUCGUCCAGAACGAGUCUCUACCUGCGGGGAUGGAUGCGCGCACCAACCCACAUGGCAAUCUGUACGAGGUCAGGGAUACGCCGUUACUGACUUCGGUAGGCGUCGACGCGUGUCCGGAGAACAACCGCAUCUUCAAGAUCCAGAACCUUGCUAAGAAGAACCCCAUCUCUGGGCGGCCCGUCGGCUACAAGAUCAACCCGCCGCCAACCCAGAGAGUCCUUGCCAACCCCGGCAGCACGCAGGCGCACCGGUGCCUGUUCGCGCAGCACCACCUCUGGGUCACCAAGUACCGUGACGGCGAACUCUACGCUGCCGGAGAGUACCCUCUAUCCAGCAAGCGGGAGGCAGGCGGCGUCGCCGACAUGGUGGCGCGCAAUGACGAUCUUUUGCAGCAGGAUGUGGUGUUGUGGAGCUGUUUCGGCCUCACACACAAUCCUAGAGUCGAAGACUGGCCUGUCAUGCCCGUUGAGAUUAUGGAGCUGCACAUCUCGCCCGUAGACUUCUUCACGGCAAACCCCGCCAUCAACGUUCCUAGUGGGAAGGAUACGACGUCAGAGCUCACAAGUGGCUGUUGUACGCGGCCUAAGCUGUAG